UGUGUCAUACAUUCCGGAAAAAGCCCUUUGCUAGAGCCGGGGUGCUGUUUUCCGCCUUGCCGAAGAAAGUUGUGCCAGGGAGGGUUGCUGGUUUCUGUAUUCCGAGAAAAUGGACAGCCAGGGAAGGAAAGUGGUGGUUUGCGACAAUGGGACCGGGUUUGUGAAGUGCGGCUAUGCAGGCUCCAACUUCCCAGAGCACAUUUUCCCGGCGUUGGUUGGCAGGCCAAUCAUUCGCUCCACAGCUAAAGUGGGAAACAUUGAGAUCAAGGACCUGAUGGUGGGGGAUGAGGCGAGCGAGCUGCGCUCCAUGCUGGAGGUGAACUACCCCAUGGAGAACGGCAUCGUGAGGAACUGGGACGACAUGAAGCACCUGUGGGACUACACCUUUGGUCCCGAGAAGCUCAACAUCGACUCACGCAACUGCAAGAUCCUGCUCACCGAGCCGCCCAUGAACCCAACCAAGAACCGCGAGAAGAUCAUUGAGGUGAUGUUUGAGACGUACCAGUUCUCUGGGGUUUACAUAGCCAUCCAAGCUGUGCUCACACUCUAUGCUCAAGGUCUCCUGACCGGCGUGGUGGUGGACUCUGGUGAUGGCGUCACCCACAUCUGCCCCGUGUACGAAGGCUUCUCCCUGCCCCACCUGACCCGACGCCUGGACAUUGCAGGACGGGACAUUACGCGCUACCUCAUCAAGUUGCUGUUGCUGAGAGGCUACGCCUUCAACCACUCGGCGGACUUUGAGACGGUGCGCAUGAUGAAGGAGAAGCUGUGCUACGUGGGCUACAACAUCGAGCAGGAGCAGAAGCUGGCGCUGGAGACAACCGUGCUGGUUGAGUCCUACACGCUCCCCGACGGCAGGAUGAUCAAGGUGGGAGGGGAGCGGUUCGAAGCCCCUGAGGCUCUAUUCCAGCCCCACCUCAUCAAUGUGGAGGGAGUCGGGGUGGCAGAGCUUCUCUUCAAUACUAUCAAUGCAGCAGACAUCGACACCAGGUCUGAGUUCUACAAACACAUAGUGCUGUCAGGGGGCUCCACCAUGUACCCUGGCCUUCCCUCUCGACUGGAGCGUGAGCUCAAGCAGCUCUACCUGGAGCGCGUGCUGAAGGGAGAUGUGGAUAAGCUCUCGAAAUUCAAGAUCCGGAUCGAGGACCCCCCUCGGCGCAAGCACAUGGUGUUCCUGGGUGGGGCCGUGCUGGCCGACAUCAUGAAGGACAAGGACAACUUCUGGCUGACAAGGGAGGAGUACCAGGAGAAGGGGGUGCGUGUCCUGGAGAAGCUGGGGGUCACUGUCAGAUAAACCCCCCUCCCAGAUGCACAUGUCUGGGCUAAGUCUAAAAUGGCACCCUAUUCCCUUAUUGCACUACUUUUGACCACACCCCAUAGGGUAGUGCACUAUCUCGGGAAUAGGGUGCCAUUUGGGAUGUAGCCUUGGUCUUGUCUCCCGCCCUCCUUCUCCGCUACGUCCUCCACUUGAUAUCCAUCUACAGCUCACUUCUUUGUGACCCGAUCAUCUGUUUUUACCACCCCUGUCCCAGAUUCGCUCGCUCACUCUCCAAGGGCAUGUUGUGACAGACGGUUGGGGAGGUGGGAGGAGAUGGAUGAGGUGCUGACAACAUGUCUCCUGGGAAUAGUUUCAAUCACGUUGCCCAACUUAUUCGGUCAAAACACGAUCCCAAUGAUCAUCAAGAUGAAGUCAAUUAUUAUUAGGGAUUCAUUUAUAGAGGGGGUGUCGGAUUCUCCUGUGUUGUGGGCACAGGGUUCACAAGGGGCCUCCAUCAAAGGCAAGCUGCCUUUAAAUUUUUUUUAAAUUACACCCUUCUGCCUAUCUUUGUCUUUUGUCCAGUCUUAAUGAGCAGGUGAUUUCUUGCUCCUCUUGAGGAGGUUGUGUUAAUGUUGGGGGGAGGUCAGGGGGUGAUGGUGGAUUAGAGUGCAGGUGGUUUUUGGGACAUGUUUCUCCUUCUCACAGGGUCCACCUGCCCACUUGUCUGAAUCCCAUAUCUAGUCUGUUGCCAUUGUGUCGUAAGAGGGAUGUGAUGAUGACAAAAAAAAAUGGCUGGCCUUCCCUCACGAUUAAAAAAGGCAUUUCAUUCCACUGAUGGCUAAAUAUUUGCCAUGUAUUCAAUUCCAAUGAGGACUGCUCAGCCUUUUUCUUUGAAGUCAUGUUUUGUGCUCACAUUAAUUUCGCUGAUGCGCUUUCCUUUUGGAGGAGAAGUGGUUUUGCCUUUCGUUUUGUCAGACGAACAAAUAACGUCUUGUAUUUUUUUUGCAGUGCAUUACUCCCGUGUUUGUUUUCGUAACGAGUGAGGAUGUGUCGUCCUCAUCAUGGCUGUUGGACACGAGUCAUUCGGUUUUUAAGGUCUGGGUUACAUUUUGCCCUCAACAGCAGGUCUAGGAUCUCUAUCCCAGGCCUAUCCUUAACCAUUGUGAGCUAAACAAUGCAUCCGACCUAGGACCAGUUGUUAAGGGCAUACUGAACCGUAACCUGUUUAGAGGGGCAGUCAUUCUGAGACCAGUAGGAACUCUCUCUAGUCUCCGCUCCAGUGAAGAUUUUUUUUUUUUUUUUAGGUCUGGGGUUGUUGCGGGUGUUGAACAUUUGUAAUAUUAAUAAGAAUCAGUAGACAUGGAGACCACAUAAAAGCUGGUAUUUAAGGUUUUCCUUUUUUGGUUUUCAUAUGUAUAUGAACUUACACAAUAUAUGUGUAUCAUUUUCUUUUUUAUCCAAACAGUCAUCCAGUGCCAAGUGCAGUUAUUGUAGCUGGGUUUUUUUUUUUUUUUCAUAGCAUAACUGCCUACCGCUGAUUUUUAAAUAAAGCAAAGUGAUUUAUAAAUACCUGGUGGUGCGCUGUCUUUGAGAUGUACCAAGUGGUCUCCAUAAAUACUUGUGACAUUAUCGUCGUUGUCGGCAGUGAUCCUAAAUAAGACCGAAUUAAAGGCAGAUGGAAUUGCCUCAAAAGAAUGAAGUUGGUACAUUCACGUGUACGGAUGCAUGGGUGUGUUGUGUAACUAUGUGGUCAUAUUUAGAAUGAAGGUUGCAGAGAACAAGAAUGUGAGGGGCUUCUUUGUGAGUGUCAAUUUUUUUAUUUGUCACAUUUUAAAGUCUUACCAUAGAUUUUCAGUCCAAUUUAAGUCAAAACGGUAACUUAGCCACUCGAACAUUUAUUGUUUUGGUAAGCAACUCCAGUAUAUACACUGUGUACAAAACAUUAGGAGCACCUCCAUGACAGAAUGACCAGUUGAAAGCGAUGAUCCCUUAUUGAUGUCACCUGUUAAAUCCACUUCAAUCAGCGUAGAUGGAUGGGAGGAGAUGUGCUAAAGAAGAUUUUCUUGCCUUUGGACGAGGUAUGGUGGUAGGUGCCAGGCGCAUCGGUUUGGGUGUGUCAAGAACUGCAACUCUGCUGGAUUUUUCACACUCAACAGUUUCCCGUGUGUAUGAAGAAUGGUGCACCACCCAAAGGACAUCCAGCCAACUUGACGCAACUGUGGGAAGUGUUGGAGUCAACAUGGGCCAUCAUCCCUGUGGGACGCUUUCAACAUCUUGUAGUCCAUGCCCUGACGAAUUGAGGCUGUUCUGAGGGUUAAGGGGGUGUAACUCAAUAUUAGGAAGGUGUUCCUAAUGUUUUGUACACUCAUUGUAAUUUGGCCUUGUUUUAGGUUAUCCUUCUGAAAGAUGAGGUUGUCUCCCAGUAUCUGUCGGAGAGCAGAGUGAACCAGGUUUUCCUCUAGGAUUUUGCCAAUUUAUCUCUAUUCCAUUAAAAAAAAAAUCCUUAGUCCUUGCUGAUGACAAGCAUACCGAUAACAUGAAGAAGCCACCCCCAUGCUUGAAAAUAUGAAGUGGUACUCAAUGUGUUGUUGGAUUGGCUGCAAACGUAACUCCUUGUAUUCAGGAAAUGAAGUUAAUGUCUUUGCCACAUUUUUUGCAGUUUUACUUGUGCCCUUUUGCAAACAGGAUACAUGUUUUGGAAUAUUUUUAUUUAGUUCCUUUUUACUGUUUUAGGUUAAUAUUGAGGAGUAACUAUGUUGAUCCAUCCUCAGUUUUCUCCUAUCGCAGCCAUUAAACUCUGUUUAAGUCAC